UGUCUGUUUUUACCCCGCGAGGAAAUCCCAGAGCCUGGAGCGCGGCCUGGCACAGAACAGGCGCUCAGUUUGUGUGGCUUUUUGUGCUUGUCCUUGUGUGUUGAGGGGGGGCGUGUGUUAUACCGUGUGAGGUUGUGGAACCGAUUGUUUUUGAAAGUGAUAAGGUCUCUGCGUGUCUAGACAAGUUUUAAAUUAGGUGCGAGUCGGUUUGUGUUUGAGACUAUAUCCGACUUUGGAGAGGAGAUAGUGAAGGGAAUGUGAGUGAAAUUUUGUUACUUUUUGUAGAAGUAUGUAUGAGCACUAUGAGAUUGUGCAUGACGUGGGAACCUAUGGGAUUAUAACUGUGUAGUGGGUGAUACAACUAUGAGUAUGUGUAAUUUUUGAAGUAUUUUGUGUGCACAAUCCAUGAUGACUGUGAAUGCGCCUCAUUGCGUGACUGAGGUGGAGUGCUUGAGAAACUGGGUGCUGACUAGUUAGGUGUGUGUUGUUUAGAGUCUCUGAAUAUUGGCCAUUUUGUAGGCCUGUAGAAUUUGACUCUGUAGCAAUUAGACAAGUAAAAUUAGUAGAGAUUUUUAAAAUAGAGAAGAGGAAGUAAGAUAAUUUUCAGUUGGUAGGAUCUUAUAUUGGAAAACUUCAUAUUGACUAAUAACUAAUAUGUUGAAAUAAGGAACACCACUGGGAACACACACACAAAACUUUCUUCUAUAACUUUCACGCAAAAUUUCUAUUUGGGAACUGCACCUUUUCUAAAGAGGAGCACAAAGGAAAGACUGGUCCUUUCUUGCACAUCUCAAAACCAUGGCUCAGGGAUCAGUGUCAUUCAAAGAUGUGACUGUGGACUUCACUCAGGAGGAAUGGCAGCACCUGGAUCCUGCUCAGAAGACUCUAUAUAUGGAUGUGAUGUUGGAAAACUAUUGCCACCUCAUCUCUGUCGGGUGUCACAUGACCAAACCUGAUGUCAUCCUCAAGUUGGAGCGAGGAGAAGAGCCAUGGGCAUCAUUUGCAGGUCUUACCUGUUUAGAAGAAAACUGGAAAGCUGAAGACUUUCUGGUGAAAUUCAGGGAACACCAAAAUAAGUAUUUUAGAUCAGUUGUACGUAUCAACCACAAAAAACUGGUUAAUGAGAAGAAUAAUAUAUAUGAAAAGACAUUUACUCUAGGCAAAAACCCUGUUAAUUCAAAAAGUCUACCUCCUGAAUAUGAUACCCAUGGAAAGAUUUUGAAAAAUGUUUCAGAAUUAAUCAUCAGUAAUCUAAAUCCUGCAAGAAAGAAACUUAGUGAGUAUAAUGGAUAUGGGAAAUCACUCCUCAGUACUAACCAAGAGACAGCUCAUCCUGGAGUCAAAUCCCAUAAUCAAAGUGGCAGGGCUUUUAGUCAUAAUGAAGUGCUUAUGCAGUAUCAGAAAAUGGAAACUUCAGUACAGUCAUUUGUAUAUAAUGACUGUGAGAAAUCAUUCCUUAAAAGAGGAGGCUUAAUUACACACAAUAGAGCUUACAGAGGGGAAACCCCAUCUGUAUAUAAUAAAAAGAGAAGAGCAACCAAUAUUGAAAAAAAACAUACCUGCAAUGAAUGUGGGAAAUCGUUUUGUAGGAAGUCAGUAUUGAUCCUGCAUCAGGGAAUUCACACAGAGGAAAAACCCUAUCAAUGUCAUCAAUGUGGAAAUGCAUUUAGAAGGAAGUCAUAUCUCAUUGAUCAUCAGAGAACCCACACAGGAGAGAAACCCUUUGUUUGUAAUGAAUGUGGUAAGUCCUUCCGCCUCAAGACAGCCCUCACUGACCAUCAGAGAACACAUACAGGGGAAAAAUCAUAUGAAUGUCUACAAUGUAGGAAUGCUUUCAGAUUGAAGUCACAUCUCAUUCGUCAUCAGAGAACUCACACAGGAGAGAAACCAUAUGUUUGUAAUGACUGUGGAAAAUCGUUCCGCCAGAAGACAACACUCUCUUUACAUCAGAGAAUUCAUACCGGGGAGAAACCGUAUAUUUGUAAAGAAUGUGGAAAGUCCUUUCACCAGAAGGCAAACCUUACUGUACAUCAGAGAACUCAUACAGGGGAAAAGCCCUAUAUUUGUAAUGAAUGUGGAAAAUCCUUCUCCCAGAAGACAACCCUUGCUCUUCAUGAAAAAACCCAUAAUGAGGAGAAACCAUAUAUUUGUAAUGAAUGUGGAAAGUCCUUCCGCCAGAAAACAACCCUCGUAGCACAUCAGAGAACACAUACAGGGGAGAAAUCUUAUGAAUGUCCUCAUUGUGGGAAGGCCUUUAGAAUGAAGUCAUACCUCAUUGAUCAUCACAGAACUCACACAGGAGAGAAACCAUAUGAAUGUAAUGAAUGUGGGAAAUCAUUCAGUCAGAAAACAAAUCUGAAUCUACAUCAGAGAAUUCAUACAGGGGAGAAACCUUAUAUCUGUAAUGAAUGUGGGAAGUCCUUUCGCCAGAAAGCAACCCUCACUGUACAUCAAAAAAUACAUACAGGGCAGAAAUCCUAUGAAUGUCCUCAGUGUGGGAAAGCCUUUAGCAGGAAGUCAUAUCUCAUUCAUCAUCAAAGAACUCAUACAGGAGAGAAACCAUAUAAAUGUAAUGAAUGUGGGAAGUGUUUCCGCCAGAAGACAAAUCUCAUUGUACAUCAGAGAACUCACACAGGAGAGAAGCCCUAUGUUUGUAAUGAGUGUGGUAAGUCCUUCAGUUAUAAGAGAAACCUCAUUGUCCAUCAAAGAACUCACAAGGGAGAAAACAUAGAAAUACAAUAAAUGGUGUGGUUUCUUUGUGAACCCUUUCCAAGUUAUUGUAAACCUUAGUUUUGAAAAGAAAAGCAUGCUUAAACAGGUUAAUGUAAUUUUAAUCACAAAUGUAAUAAUAGUUAUUAAAUGAAAGUACCAAAACACAUAACUACUUCUCUAAUGUUUACUAGCAUAUAAAAUGGAUGUUAUUAUUAUUAUUGAACUCUAUCAGAUACGAAGCUAACUUUUAAAAUUUUCAACUGCUCCUGCUGACUCAAAUAGUUUAUUUUAAAAAAUACAUAACAUGUGCAGAGGUAAAAUAUAAAACAAUUAUAAGCAUCAAUCUCCAUAAGAGAGAGACCAUAUCUAUGAACUGUAUUUCUCAUUGCACUCUGUGUAAUACAAAGCAGUUAGUUGCUACUUCCGUAAAGAUUACUACUUUCCUAGUCUGUAGUGUCAUAAAGUAGUUUUUGCAUGUUUUUAAACUUUUAUUAUACAUCAUGAAUUCUUUUGUCUUAUUUCCGUGAACAUUUUUAAGAUUUGUACAUUAUUGCAUGUGGCAGUAUGUGUAUUUUCAUUUUGUCUACUAUUCCAUUUUAAGAAUAUACUGCUCUUUAUCCUAUUGAUGAAUAUUUGUAUUUUUUAUAAUUUUGUGCUAUAAUAAAUAUACUGCU